AUGGCUGCUAUAGUUGACACAGCAUUUCCAGUGGAGGGCCUACUGCCGAAAAAAGAAACUGGCGCCGCUGCAUUUUUAACUAAGUAUCCCGAAUACGACGGACGUGGAGUUCUGAUAGCAAUUUUAGACACUGGCGUGGAUCCCGGUGCUCAAGGCCUUCAGGUGACGUCAGAUGGCAAACCAAAGAUAAUAGAUCUCGUGGAUGCAACAGGUUCUGGUGAUGUGGAUACCUCUACUAUAGUAGAGGCUAAAGAUGGAGAAAUCACAGGACUGUCCGGCCGUAAGCUGAAGAUCCCAGAUUCAUGGGCCAAUCCUAGUGGAAAGUAUCACAUAGGCUUGAAGAAUGGGUUUGACUUGUAUCCUAAAACCCUGAAGGACAGACGCACAAAGGAGCGACGGGAGAAGGACUGGGACCCUCCUCACAGAGCUGCCCUGGCAUCUGCAAUCCAGCAGCUUGAACAGUAUGAGAAAGCUCACCCUAAUCCGAAACAGGAUGAUAUGGAGUUUAAGAACUUUCAGGCUACGGUUGAUGUACUAACAACAUUAGACAAGAAAUACUCUGACUGUGGCCCUGUGUAUGACUGUGUGGUUUUUCACGACGGUAAUACGUGGAGAGCCUGCGUAGAUGUAAACCAAGAUGGGAAUUUAGCCUUGUGUAAUGCCUUAGCCAGUUUUUAUGAGGAAAGAGAGUUUAGUCGUUUUUCUACAGGAGAUAUGCUGAAUUUUUCUGUGAAUAUACAUGAUGAUGGAAAUGUCCUGGAAAUUGUGACUAAUGCCAGUUCUCAUGGUACGCACGUGGCGGGUAUAGCGGCAGCACAUUAUCCAUACAACCCUGACAGGAAUGGUGUUGCCCCGGGUGCACAAAUCAUCUCCAUCAAGAUCGGAGACACUCGUUUGGGCUCCAUGGAAACUGGAUCAGCCUUAGUCAGAGCGAUGAUCAAGGUAAUAGAAAGGAAAUGUGAUCUGUUAAACUACAGUUAUGGGGAGGCCAGUCACUGGCCAAAUUCAGGGCGUGUCUGUGAUAUUCUUUCAGAAGUUGUUAAUAAACACGGUGCUAUAUUUGUGUCCAGUGCUGGCAAUAAUGGGCCUGCUCUGUCUACUGUGGGCAGUCCUGGGGGAACGGUCUCCUCCAUUAUAGGUGUUGGUGCCUAUGUAUCUCCUUCAAUGAUGGCAGCAGAAUACUCAUUAAGGGAAAAGUUACCUGGUAUGCAGUACACCUGGUCAUCCAGAGGACCUAGCCAUGAUGGUGACAUGGGGGUGAAUAUCAGCGCUCCUGGGGGUGCCAUAGCCCCUGUACCUAACUGGACACUGCGGGGCCUACAACUGAUGAAUGGCACCAGUAUGAGCUCACCCAAUGCCUGCGGGUGUAUAGGUAGCACUGUGUUGUCAGCAUUGAAGGCUCGCGAUAUUCCUUACUCUCCACACAGUGUGAAGAGAGCUCUGGAGAACACUGCUCAGCAAGUGGACAGUAUAGAACAAUUUGCCAUAGGUCAAGGCCUGGUCCAGGUGGAGAAGGCUUUUGAAAUAAUAAGCAACCAUUGUAAAUCUCAGGAACGGAAUGUACAGUUCAACGUGAGCUGUUCUAAUGGACAGCGAGGCAUCUAUCUCAGGAACCGUGUAAACUUCACAAACCUGCAGAGGUCCAUAGUUACUAUAGAUCCUAUUUUCAUAGAUGAUAAAACAGUUCCUGAGGAGAAGAUAGAGUUCACUGCCCAAUUCAGCCUAGUGUGUGAUGCGCCGUGGGUACAGGUGCCUAACCAUGUGGAGUUGUGGAGCACAGCACGCUCCUUCUCUGUCAAGGUGGACCCCAGGGGGUUACCAGAGGGCGCCCACUACACAGAGGUAUGUGGUUAUGACAUCAGCUGCAUUGAGAAGGGGCCAGUGUUCAGGGUCCCUAUAACUGUGAUAUCCCCCUUAAGUGUGACGGACACUGUCAGUCAGCAGAUAGUGUUCAAGGAGUUGAGCUUUAAGCCAGGUCAGAUCCGGCGUCACUUCAUCAAGGUACCAGAGGGAGCAUCCAUAGCAGUUGUGCGAUUAGGCUCCACAGAUGAUGAGAAGAAUUGUCGCUUCCUCAUCCACGCUCUUCAGGUCUCCCCGCAGCACCAGUACAAGAAGUAUGAACUGGAGAAGUUUGUCACGCUGUCAGAUCUAGGGGAGACAACUCAGGCCUUCCCAAUCAUGGAUAACAGUACUUUAGAGCUGUGCAUGGCGAAAUGGUGGGCAAACUUAGGAGAAGUGAGUGUCAACUACAGUAUUACCUUCCAUGGCACACUCCUUGACUGUAAACAGCUCACUGUGUUAGCUGCUGAUGGUAUCACAAGGUUUACCGUCAAGGCACCGCUGAAGAAUGAGGAAGCUUCCCCAACGAUCACCCUCAAGUCUUUGGUGCAGCCUCUAAGGCCAGUGGAGAACAAAAUAAAGUCUCUGAAUGGACCCCGUGAUCGUCUGCCAGACGAGAGACAGGUGUACGCCAUCGAGCUCACCUACAAAUUCACACAGGCCAAAGCAGGGGAGGUAACUCCCGAUGUUUCCUUGUUGAGUGAUCUGCUGUAUGAGUCCGAGUAUGAGAGUCAGUUGUGGAUGAUGUAUGACUCUAACAAACAGCUGGUUUUGUCUGGGGAUGCCUAUCCACAUCAGUACACUGGGAAAAUUGAAAAGGGAGAUUAUACAAUCAUCCUACAAGUGCGCCACGAGAAGCGUGAUAUGCUGGAGAAGCUCAAAGAUGUGGUUCUUCUGCUGCACCAUAAGUUGGCUAGCACCAUUAACCUGGAUGUCUAUGCAUCCUGGGCAAAUGCGCUGAGUGGUGGGAAGAAACUGUCGGCGCUCAACAUGCAGAAAGGGACGACCUAUCCCAUCUUUGUAGCACCGCUUCCAGAUGACAAAGUUCCAAAAAACACUUCCUCAGGCUGGUAUUUGUCGGGCUCUAUGACGUUAUUCAAGGAAGAUCCCAUGAAGAAAGCUAGUUCCCUCCCUUUCAAGUACAUACUGACAGACAACCCCAAGAAGAGCAAGUCUAAUGGUAAAGACAAGGAUUCCAAAUCUGAGAAAGAGAAGACAAAAGCAGAGGAGUGUGUGGAAGCUGUGAGAGAUCUGAAGAUAUCCUGGUUGUCAAAGGUUGAAGAUCCCAAAAAGCUGUAUGAAGAAAUGCUUGCGAGCUUUCCAGAUUAUCUCCCCCUUCAUGUUGCACAGCUACAAGCCUUAGAUGCUGACAAGAAAAGGCUACACAAACUGGAGGAGAUAAUGGCCUUGUCACGGUUCAUCAUAGACAAAGUGGACAGGACAGCCUUGCUGGCUUACUACGGGAUGAAGUCUGACAACAGAGGCGAUGCGGCCACCAUCAAAACGGAGAUGGACAAACAGAAAGGUCAUCUGAUAGAGGCAUACCUCAGACUGGGCUGUGCUCAGGCCGAUGCUAUCAUAGAAGCAGCUAAACCCCCAGCAGAACCCCAACCAGACUCCACAACUGAAGAAGAACCCCUAAAGUUCCCCCCAAUGACCGUCGAGGAGGUGGAUGAAACUUACAAUGAAAUGCUGAAAUGGAUUGAUGCAACCGAUGCCAAGAUCUCUGCCUUUACAGUGCGCCAUGCCAUGGUACACAAGCAAUAUGGUCGUGCCUUAAAACUGCUUCAGAAACAUCUAGAAGAAAAACCAACCAAGGAGCAGGACAAAACCUUUAUUGAGCUGUGCGAGCAGAUGGGCUGGGCACACUGUGUCCGUCAUUACAAGAACUGGAUGCUGGUCAAAUACCCCCCAGGCUACAGGCUGUUCUAGUACACUCCCCCGACUCUUUUAGCUGCAAUGAAAUCCUCGUCCUGGUGGAAAUUUUUUUUUUUUUU